CAAACUACCAAGAUCGAACAUCACAUCUCCACUGAUUACACACUCGUGACUCUUUCUGCACCCCACCACUUCGCAAUAUAACCAAAGGAUACUCCCUCGCCCACUCACAUACAUGAAAAUCACCAUCUUCCAACCCACAUCCCCACGAAACAAGCCUCUCACUUGCCAAUUUUACCAAUAACAAUCCAAACCAUUUUACACCUCAUCACCAAUCCACAAAUGCCAAUCUGCAUCCACUGCCGGACACCCAUCUCUACACUCUACACAACCUACGCAGCAGCCGAUGACCGUGCCCUCGGCAAAGGCGUCCGCCUUACGCAAUGUCCACGCUGCAAACGCUUCGCCGACAAAUACGUCGAGCAUGACUUUGUUGUGCUGUUUAUCGAUCUCGUGCUGAUCAAACCAGAGGUGUAUCGACACUUGCUUGUGAAUCGGCUGGAAGGGGGUCGCAGGAAAGGCGGGUUCGAUAAAGGGGUAGAGAGAGAGAUAUAUAUACUAACAAAACCUCUCUCGAAAAAUUUGCAGAAAAGUAUCAUAAGACUCUUCAUCCUCCUCGUCCUCUUCGACGUCUACCUAACCUGGGCGCGCAUCGAAAAAUCAAACAACAACAGCCUCUCGCUCCCUUCCCCACCGCAUCUCUCCUCACAAAGCACAACAACAUCAAAUUCAUCAUCUUCGUCAACGCAGCAUUCGCCACCCUCCCCCUUACAAUCCCAACCCCUCCUUGUACAAUAUAUAUUCUUCCUCUUCCUAACCCUCCUAACAACCCUCUCCUUCCACAUCCCCAUCCACAUCCUAACCUCCCCGCCACCCCUUCCCUUCCCCCUCGCUCCAUUCCUCCAAUCCCUCACCCGUCCUGUGACAACGCUCUACAACUUCCUCAUUCCGCACUUCCCGCACCCCACACUGCUCAGCACCGCGCUCCUCGUGUCUUCGUGCACGAAACUGUUCCCCAUGCUUCUGCUGGUUUGGGAGUACGAUCUCAAGAGCGCGGCGACGGCAGUGAGCUGGGCAGUUAUUGUGAAUAAUGUGGCUGCGUUGGAGAUCUUGAUGGGCUGUGGGUUUUUGAGAGCGGGGGUGCUUGUUGGGGUUGGGGAGGGGAUUAGGGGCGUUGUUGAGAGGGGUGUUUUGGGGGCGGUUGGAUUAGGGGGUUGA